AUGAGCGAGCACAAGGAGGAUGAUCAGUCUGUGGAGGAGGCGGUGAUGAAGUAUGUUGGGUCGCUCUCCGGUGGCGCGCGCGGUGAUGACGGCGAUGCAGUGCCAGAGACUGAUGGUGGCGCUCUGUUAGAGUCGCAUACGGGCAAUGGUGGAAAGAGUAAGAAGAGUAAAAAGCGUAGAGGUUCGAAGGUUUCUAAGCGUGAGAGGAAACGUUCGCUGGAGGGAGGCCACUCAAAAAAGUUGAAGCUUUCUGAGGAUAUUAGCAACAACGUGCCCGACAUAACAUCUGCUGACGACGAAGGUUUCAUAGUUGAUCCUGACCUUGCCGAUCUCGAAGACCCAAGCGUCAUGAUGGAUCAGCCUGAUCCCAUAGUCCAGAAGGCUCUAUUGGCGUCUAGGGAUGUGGAUAAGACCACUGACCUCAGCCAGUACAACAGUGAUGGUCAGUCUUCUAGCGAUGAAGCGAAAGCCAUGAAAGAUCUAGAGAGCUAUGUGGAAGGUCAACAGCAUGAUCUCGCUGUUGAUGGGGGUGCAGAUACCGAACAGCCCCAAGAUAAACUGAACUAUGAACCAAAUGACCAAACGCUGGAUAUUGGUCUCGGCGAUGGCUCAAGAUCUUACGAUGAUGAAUUGUCAAAUCCCCUGUCAAAACCUCUAGAAGGUAAGAACUACCAGGAGGUUCUACCUAAAGUGAUUAACACAAAACAACGUAAUGAUACCACAUUCGGAAACAAGAUUACCCUAGGCGGUACUGAAUAUGAUGUUGAUGUUCCUGAAAGUGUAAGAGUUCGGCAAUUGUUGAAGGAAGCCGUGAUAAACGCUUCGAAACUGGUUGAUAAGGAAACAGCCGAUUCGGUAAGAGCUGCGUCGAAGAAAGGUGCAGGAGGUUCGGUACAACCUGAUGGUAGGAUUAUUAGUAGUAAAGCGUUUUCAAAGGAGGAAGAUGAAGCCCUAGAGAAAUUUGUUAACGAGUAUCAAAUCAUUGAAGGCGUGACGAGAAGGCAAGUUUGUGAAAGAAUUUGGAAUUCGGAUAGACCAAGGGACAAUUUUUGGCAUAGCAUAUACCAAGUAUUACCAUAUCGUACCAGCGCUUCGAUAUAUAAGCAUAUGAGAAGAAAGUAUCAUAUCUUCGAACAACGUGGUAAAUGGAACAAAGAGGAAGAUGAGAUAUUAGAGAAACUGUGUAAAGACAAAGAGGGUCAAUGGGUAGAAAUUGGUAAAGUUCUUGGCAGAAUGCCUGAAGACUGCAGAGAUAGGUGGAGGAAUUAUGUGAAGUGUGGUGGCAACAGAUCUGCAAAUAGAUGGACUGCUGAGGAAGAAGAGAUGUUAAAACGUGUUGUCAAUGAAAUGAUGGAAGAAGCCAAUGGUCAAUAUAGAGGAAUGGAUGAAAGUGGAAAUAAUAUUGGUGAACUCGGUUCGGGCGAUCAAACUGACCUAGGCAUAGAUGACUCAAAUAGCAUGAUUUCUGAUAAAAAAGAAAAUAACUUAAGCUUCAAGGAUGUUAUAAAUUGGACUAUCGUAAGUGAAAGGAUGCAAGGUAAAAGAUCACGUAUUCAAUGUAGGUACAAAUGGAACAAGAUGCUCAAGCGUGAAGCCUCUGAUAGACUAGAUUCUAGGGAUGAAGAAGAUAUGAAAUGGCUUUUUAAAAGAAUUAUACAACUAGAAAUCACUGAUGAAAAAUCGCUUGACUGGCAAGAAUUAGCCGAAUCGAAUCCAAGUUCAGAAAUGACUCCUUUGGAAGCUGAAGUAUGUUACGACAAACUAAAAAGGUUAGUUAAAGAGAUAAAAAACAAGAAUCCAACCGAGGUAGCUACUAAAGUCUUAGCACAUUUCGAAUACCAAGCCUCUGACGAUAUAGAAACAAAUAAACAAUUGCACACACAUACAGCAAAAUUCAUUAGGGUGCAUCCAAGUACGACACUAACCAGUCAUGCAGUGGAAGUUCUGCAGAAUAGACGCUAA